CGAAAGGGGGAGGGUCCACCCUGAAGAUGCAUCCGCAAACCACCGCCCUGGUCUGGUGUGUAUAAAUAGACGGGCGGGCGAAAAUGUAUGCAGUAUCCACUUCCCAUUUGCAAUCGCAACACACAUAAGCUCAAUCAUCAUGAAUUUUUUGGUUAUUCUUCCUUUGUUUGCUGCCGCUGCCUUUGCUGCUCCGAUGUAUCCCGCCAUUCCUGGCGAGCCUUGCCUCACCGAUCCGGCUCCAGUUGCUUAUGCUGUCCAUCCGCAAGCUCUGACUGAUGCAGUUGUACCGCAGUUCGGAUACAAUUUCAUUGCCCCGACUCAUCAAGCAUCCGCUUAUGCCUUCGCUCCAGCUCCAUACGCUUUUGCUCCAGCUCAUUUCGCUCCUGUUGUAGCACCGGCUCCGCAAGUUCAGCAUGUUCACUCGUUCCCUGUUGCUCACGCCUACACUCAGGCUGUUCCAGUGGAGGUUGUUCCUACUUUUGACCAAUCCGUUCCGGAAACGACUCUAGUUCCAGCUUUGGAGACUACUGAUGCCACUACUCCAGUUCCUACUCCAGCUCCUACUCCAGCUCCUGCUUCAGCUCCUGCUCCAGCUCCUAGCUUAACUUCUAACCCUGAUUCUAGCUCAGCUCCUGCCCCAGCUUCUGAGGCUGCCCCAGUCGCGGCUCCUACUCCCGUGCCCUGCCCUGAAGCUGUUCACGCUCCUGGCUCUGCUCCAGCCCCUGCUCCUGCUCCAGCCCCUGCUCCUGCUCCAGCCCCGGCUCCUGCUCCAGCCCCAGUCCCAGUUCCUGCACCUGCCCCAGUUCCUUCCCCAGUUCCUGCACCUGCCCCGGUUCCUGCCCCAGCCCCCGUUGCACCAUCCACUCCACAAGUGGUCGUCUUGCAGCCGCAUGAUUCUGAAGAAUCCGUCGAAGUUCCCGAUUCUCAUGAAUCCAGAGAAGAAUAACGUACUGUCCGUAUAUAAUCCUUAGUUAAUCUCAAUCAUUGGCGUUUUCUUUCGUAAUGUGUCGUUUAUUGGUUAUGUUUAUCUCCGACUUGUCUCAAAGUCACCAUGAUACUCGGGCAUUUCCUUUUUCGGGUUGUUUUCUUUUCAUUUGUUUUUAUUUUUCAAUGGGAUUGCCUCAUUCGGGUUUAAGCUGUUCCUUCAUCCCAAUUCUCAUAUAGGUCUUGAUAUUCAACUCGUAUCACAAUUACAGCACAAGGCACACAAUACACACUUUUUCCGAUGAA